GAUAGAAAGAGAGAGUCUGGGCAGUACUGUGUUGUGGGCAUUCCAGCGGAGAGGCUCUGUGGUUUCUAGGGUUUGUUCUGAAAUCGAAACGAUUGGAUCCAUGGCGGAAGAGAGAUUCACGGGCGUGGUGCAGUGGUUCAACAAUAUCAAGGGCUUUGGUUUCAUCAAGCCCGACGACGGCGGCGAGGAUCUCUUCGUCCACCAGUCCUCCAUCAGAUCCGACGGCUACCGCACGCUCCUCGAGGGCGAUCGCGUCGAGUUCUGCAUCGCCACCGGCGACAACGACAAGACUAAGGCCGUCGACGUCACUGGCCUCCACGGCGCCCCGCUCCAGCCACGCGCCGCCGCCGGCAACCGUGGCCCUGCCGGCUACGGCUUUGGCGCCCGCCGCAACGGCUCCGGCGCUGCCUGCUACCAGUGCGCCACCGCGAAGGGAGGCAGCGGCGGCGGAGCGGGCGGUGGUGGGGGUUGUUUUCGGUGCGGGGAGGUUGGGCAUUUGGCUAGGGAUUGCGGCGUUGAAGGAGGGAGGUUCGGUGGUGGUGGCGGUGGUGGUAACGGUGGUCGUGGUGGUGGCGGUGGAAAUAGCACGUGCUUUAAUUGUGGGAAGCCUGGGCAUUUUGCGAGAGAAUGCGUUGAAGCUUCUGGGUGAUUGAAAUGAAGGGUUGUUGGAGAGAGGAGGGGUUACGUUUUGCGAAGGGAGAAAAAGGUGGAAUAGUACAUAUUCUCUUUUUUUGCACCUUUUAACAGUUAUAUUAACUUGUUAUUAGUCUCUUCUCUUAUUAUUAUUCUUCUAAUUUCGGGGAAGGUUAUACAUAUGGCAAAGAUUGUGGGUUUGGUUUUUGAGUAUGGUACUGCUUCGCAGGCGAUUUUGCCUUCUCUUGUGGUUCCUUUUUGUUAGUUGUUACUGCCUGUUAGAACUUGUUUCUGGUUAAUAGUCUGCCUUUUUUGUUGCCGAACUCUUGAGAUUUUAUAUCUUCAUUUAUUUAUUUGUCUUAAAGGUU